AUGUCUAUCAGUGAUGAGCACAAACAGGAGAAGACAUCGGUCAAACGACGAGAAGCGAGUGAUCUGGACAAAGAUUGGCAGAUGAUCGAUGGGGGCACUGAGUCGAGGCAAAAAAAAGCGGAAAAGGGAAACUCCGGCAAUAAAGUGAUCGAUCAAAUUGAUAUAGCUGCUGCGAGUUUCAAGGGCAAUUGCGGGAGUGUCGAUUUGUGUUUCCUCAUCGAUGCCACCGGCAGCAUGCAACCGCACAUCGACGGGGUGAAGGCUCAAAUCAAGAAGAUCGUCCACAACUUGACAUCGGAAGCUGCAACGAAACAACACGUUCAACGGUUACGCCUCGCCCUUGUAGCCUACAGAGAUCACGGCGAUGCCCGGGUCAAACCGAACUCCCAGGGCUCCAAAAAGACCUUUGGCAAGGUGUUUUUCACCUCGAAAUCUUCACCAGAAGCCAUUGAAGGCGAUCAGUUCGAGAUUUUCCCCUUCUCCACAUCGGAGCACGAGUUUGAGGCAUUUUGCACGAAAGUUCGCGCUCAAGGCGGCGACGACCAACCGGAAGAUGUGUUUGGCGGACUAGAGAAAGCGAGAGUCGGUGGUGCAGGCGGUCCACCAGGCGGCUUAUGUGCAGCGGUCUCGAGUGGCGACGCGAAUGAACAAGGG